CCCGAGCCACCACCCAUUCAUUAAAUAUAUCCAGUAGUGUCGUGUGCCUCCGCAAUACACCUAACCACUGUUCGAGCGAUGCUACUCCGAUAACGAUCGAACACUUCACCACCGAAUUGUUCAACAUGAGUUCGUCAAUGGCGCAGCGGAUGCGCAAGAUGCAGGCUCGUCUCCUUGCCAUCCGCCUCGGUUCCGGCGCAUUUGUCCUGCCGAAGGACGUCAAGAGGAUACACAUGCGCUUCGCAGCGAAGCUAGAGGGAGGACAUAUGGGACCCAGAAAAUUCUGGCGCCAUGAACUAGUCCGCCUCAAAUACCACAACCCCGCCGUCUCCAUGACCGUCGACCGCACCGCCCGCCCCGAAGACGACGCCACACUAUCCAUCCACUACGCUCGCCACAACUCUACUACCUCACAACCCGUCCCCCAAACCUCCUCCUCCGCAACCUCAGCCCCCAACCCUCCAGCCUCUACCAGCGGUGAUACACCUCCCUCUGGCUCCGCUCCGCCCACAGAAAGGGUCCAGACAAUCGACAUGAAACACCGCACCAACUCCGAGAUCCUUGACGAGCUCGUGCGGAUCACGAAGGCCCAUCCUAUUGAGCCGACGGAGGCGGAUAGGGAGGAGUUGAGGAUGUUGGAGGAGCAGAGUGUCAGGAGUGCGGCGGCGAGGGAGAAGAGUGCGGAGUACCGUGCGAAGGUGAAGAGAGAGCAGGAUCUGUUAGAGCAGGCUAGGAGGGAUGUGCCGGGGCAGGUGAAUUGAGAUUUAGCUUGGUGGCAAGUUUUGGCCACUGUCGGCACCUGUUGAUGUUCGAGGUGGGCGUCAGGACGGUGUGGAAGAGUGAGCUUAGCGAGGCGUCUACGGGGACAAAUUUGGCUGUACCAUACGAUGCAUUACUUGUCUGCGCCGCUAAGGCAUGAUACCGGUCACACUGGAAGGAGCAUUAGCUCCCUACCCUUACAGGCUACGUCUUUGAUAUGCUUCAUUGAUCACGUCCGCUUGUUGUCCGUCCUUUCCAUCUCUUUCUCUUGGAUGGUCACUCGUAAGGCUAUAUGGUCAAGUAAUCUCUUCUGUCCUACACGUAUCGUGAUCAUCUCCUUCAUCUCCUUCUCCUCCUUCUUCGGGAUGAUCGACCAUAAUUCCGAUCCAUUCUUCAGCGCG